UAUGGCGGAUAGGCUCACGCAGCUGCAAGAUGCGGUGAACUCGCUUGCAGAUCAGUUUUGUAAUGCCAUUGGAGUGUUGCAGCAGUGUGGUCCCCCUGCCUCUUUUAGUAAUAUUCAGACAGCAAUAAACAAAGAUCAACCAACUAAUCCUACAGAAGAGUAUGCCCAGCUAUUUGCAGCACUGAUUGCACGAACAGCAAAAGACAUAGAUGUUUUGAUAGAUUCCUUACCCAGUGAAGAAUCUACAGCUGCUUUACAGGCUGCUAGCUUGUAUAAGCUGGAAGAAGAAAACCACGAAGCUGCUACAUGUCUGGAGGACGUUGUUUAUCGAGGGGAUAUGCUUCUGGAAAAGAUACAGAGUGCACUUGCUGAUAUUGCACAAUCACAACUGAAGACAAGAAGUGGUACCCACAGCCAAUCUCUUCCAGACGCAUAG